ACAGAACCUUCCUUAGAAAACAAGCCAAGCGACCCUGAACUUUCUCUGUAUUAUCCUCUUCAAAACCCCCCAAAAUCCUCUCUCCAAAGAAACCCUUAAAUACUCAUCUCUCUACCUUGCUCCUCAAUCUCGAUAAUUUCAUUUUCCCACUUCCCAAAAUGGCAUCUGGGUCAUCGGGUCGGACUAACUCGGGUUCAAAAGGAUUCGAUUUUGGGUCUGAUGACAUUCUCUGCUCUUAUGAAGAUUAUGGUACCAACAAUCAAGAUUCCUCUAACCUGUCUCAUUCAGAUACUGUUAUAGGGUCCAAUUCGAGCAAGGAUUUUCACAAAAGUAGAAUGACAAGGUCAUCAAUGUUUCCUGCUACUUCCUAUAGCCAGCCAGAGGAUUCUUUCAAUCAAGAUGUGGUCUCUAUUGUUGAGAAAAGCAUGAAAAAACAAACUGACAACAUCAUGCGUUUUCUUGAGGGUAUCAGUUCACGGCUGUCCCAGUUGGAAUUGUGUUGCUACAACCUUGAUAAAUCAAUUGGAGAAAUGCGAUCAGAUUUUGUUCGUGACAAUGAGGAGGCAGAUUUAAAACUUAAAUCUCUCGAGAAGCACAUUCAAGAGGUGCACAGGUCUGUCCAGAUUCUAAGGGACAAGCAAGAACUCGCUGAGACUCAGAAAGAAUUAUACAAGCUUCAGCUUGCACAGAAGGAACCCUCUUCAUCAAGCCAUUCCCAAUCUAGUGAGGAAAAAGUUGCACCAGCUGCCUCUGAUCCCAAAACAACUGACAAUACAUCUGAAAUACGUAACCAGCAAUUGGCUCUUGCUCUGCCUCACCAGGUAGCACCACAGCAACAGGCCCCACCUGUGCCUCCACUCUCUCAAACCCCACCUCAGAAUGUGGCACAACAGCAAUCUUAUUAUUUGUCUCCUGCCCCUUUACCAACUCCAGCAGCUCCAACCCAACACCCUCAGAACCAAUAUCUAACUUCUGAUCCUCAGUACCGAACACCCCAAAUGCAAGAUGUCUCUAGGGUGGCACCAGCACAGCCACAAGUAAACCAGACACCACAAGGCCAACAAUUUCCUCAGUACCAGCAACAGUGGCCCCAGCAGUUACAUUUGCAACUACAACCACCUCAACAGCCCUCCAUGCAGCCCCAGAUCAAGCCUCCAUCCAACACAGUUUACACUCCCUACCCUCCAGCUGGUCAGCCAACAAAUCCCUCUCCACCAGAGACUCUACCUAACAGCAUGCCCAUGCAAGUUUCAUAUUCAGGUGUACCUCAACCCAUGUCUAGUUGUGCUGACACGGUGCCAUAUGGAUAUGGAGCUGGAAGAGCAGCAGUUCCACAGCAACCUCCACCUCAGCAAAUUAAGGGCAAUUUUGGAGCACAACCCAGUGAUGUAUAUGCAACUGCUGGAUCUCAUCCAGGCCUGCCCCCAGUAAGUGCAUACAUGAUCUAUGAUGGUGAAACUGGGAGAACACACCAUACAUCUCAACAACCUCACUUCCCCCAGGGUGUAUACCCUCCUCAGCCAGCUGCAGGUGCAGGUAUGCUGCCCCGCCAUUCAAGCCCUUCACACUUUGUGCGCAACAAUUUCUACAACGACUUGAUUGAGAAAUUGGUAAACAUGGGUUUCCGAGGUGAUCAUGUUGUCAGCGUGAUUCAGAGGAUGGAGGAGGGUGGUGAGCCUGUGGAUUUUAAUUCUGUGCUGGAUAGGUUGAAAGUGCAUUCAUCUGGGGGUUCUCAGAGGGGAGGAUGGUCUGGUUGAAGCCACCACUAAUCCAUGUUCGAAACCUUAAUUGCAGUGACAGUUAUGCUUGUCUUCAAUUGAAUAAAGGCAGUUACAAUGCACGGUGUUCUCCAGUACUGUGUAUAUGGUUAUUGAGUCUUCAUGUAUCUAUGAUGUUAUAUGUUAGUAGUUCUUAUUGCAUGUGUGUUGGACCUUUCCCUCUGGUUUUUAGUAAGGGAGAUCCAAUUUCACUGUGAGCCUUUUAACUAUCAUGAACCUGUGAGUAAUUUGGGUUUCUUAGCACGAA